ACCAUGACAUAUUGUUCAUUGAAUAAUUGUUACGUGUAUCAUAUGAUUCUUUGUAUUUGCUAUUUUAAUCAAGAGAGUUCUUAUUAGUUUUUUUUUUUUAUUAUGGCUUGGCUGUCAGAUCUUGCUGAUAAGGCAGAAAAUUUAUUAAAUAAAAUUGAUAAGAAUACUGCGGCUGUAUUGAAUAAAGAUAAGUACGAAAUGUCACAUAGUCAUCUGUCAGAAGUUACGUGGCUUUCUCCGGAAUCAGGAUUAAAUGAAGAUGCAUCCAAGGUAUCUUUAUUGGAAUCUUCAAAUCGUAUAUCCUAUAUUGGUCCUACUUUAAAUUUAACAUCAUUAGAUCUAUUAAAUGUAUCAGCACCUAAAGAUGAUGCUCUGUUCACAUACUUAAAUACUCCAGAACCAAGUCCAAAAAGGACAACAGAAUCCUUGAAAUCACCAUCAACUACCUCUUCAUUACUAGUGGAACAUCCUACUGAUGACACAGACUCAGAGCUAUCAAUUCAUAGUGAUCGAAUUAGCCCAACUCCAACUCAUAUCUCUAUAGAUGUUUUAGAUGAUAAAGAUGCACAAACAGAUGCUGAACUAUGCACUUUAGACUGUGAACGCAUAGACAAACAAGCAAUAGAGGUCCAUGUACAAAAUGAACAUAAUGGCAUGAAAGGAUAUUCAAAUAUUUUCUAUUCUCUACCUGAAUACAAAGUGAAAGUCAAUAACUUGAAAUCAGAUAAUUUAAAUAAUUUAGCCGAUUCAGAAGAAAAUAAAUUUAUAAAAAAGUACAUGAAAGAGAUGGAAAUAAAUUUAGUGAAACAGAAUGAAUUACUUGGGAAACAGGAAACAGAUCAUCAAAAGGAGAUUAUAAUGUUAAAUGAAAAAUUAAAAGCUUUUGAAGCAGAAAAAUUAGAGCAGUCAAAACAAAUAAUGGAUUUGCAAUUUAUUAUUGAUAGAAGCAGGCAAGAAUUAAACUCAAUCAGAUCAGAAUUGGAACAACAUAAAGCUAGAGCAUUGAAAACUUUACAAGAAAAGGAAAAACUCAUAGCAGAAUUGCAAAAUAAUGCAUCAACAGCUAUGGAUGAAGCUACUGUCAUGGAAUUAAAUCAAUUGAAGCAGGAACGCGAUAGCGUUAGAGAGGAAAAUCAACAAAUGUGUCACCAGUUAAAGAUGCUACGUGAAGAACUGAUAAAUGCAGAUCUGAAUUUGGAAAAAAUUAAACAAAAAUCAGUUGAAACAAAUCUACAAAAUCAAGAAAUUCUUGCUAGUGAAAGACGUAGAAGGUUAGAUGCAGAAGAAGAUGUGAGACUGCGUUCUGAGGAAAUAAGAUCUUUGAAAGAUGAAUUACUUACUGAACGCAAUGGAUUCAGUUUACAAUUACAAAAACAAGAUUCAGAGAUUUCUAAGCUUAGGUUACAGUUGUCUGCAUCGGCAAUACCGAGUAAUGAAAUGGACUUGAGAUUAACAUCUCUUACAAAAACUCUGGUUUUAAAACAGCAAGCAUUGGAAUGCUUGACAACAGAAAGAAACGCGUUACGUCUUCAACUUGAAAAGCUUGAGCACGAGUAUAGAAAUGCUGUUGGCAAUUUACGACGAAAUAUUUCGUACAAUAAUAUGAAUGAUACAGACGACGCAAAAGCUCAAGUUCCCACGUUUUUAAUGGAAACACCAUUUGACACGAGCGUUACGAGAAGAGUAAAAAGAGCUUACUCUUCAUUGGAUGCCAUAAGCGUCCGAACGGGGGUUUUUCUAAGGAGAUAUCCAUUAGCUAGAAUCUUAGUAUUGAUUUACAUGGCAUUGCUCCAAUUUUGGGUUUUGGUAGUACUUUUAUCUCAAUCACCGGAAGCACAUUAGCAGCAAUUAAACAUAUGACAUCUUAAAGCAAAAACGAAAAAUACAUAUUUAUAAAAAACUCACUACUUUGUGAAUAUCAGAGGAUAAUGUUCGAAUUUGAUGUAAAUUAGACUUUGUACAGUUUAGUAUAAUAAUAUUUA